CAACCACGGAUUAAGGGUAUUUCGUACAAAAAAAAAAAAGGAAGGAAAAAAAUACUAGAGGCUUGGCCGAGGAUCAGGAGGACGAAGCCGGGAUCGGGAGCAAGGGCCUUGCCGUGCGCGAUGCCGGAGCGCGGCGCGGCCGGCCGGACGUGUACCAAUAUUGGAUACGAGAAGAAUGUGCAUCUCCUGGAAUCACGUAACGACUGGUCAUUAUUUCUCUUAAAAAGUUAAAUCCUACCACUAAGCACUAUCACUAUAGUAUCAGGCACCGAGUACAUGUAGCCUAGGUCCUGUUAAUUAAGAGCAGCUGCCCGGGAUUAUUGGAUGCAAUUUUGAAGUGGUGAUCAGUAAUAAAUACCAAAAUGUCUUUGAGCAAGGUGUGUGAAGAGUUGGAUGAGCUUGCUGUAAGCUACUUUCAGAUCUUAGAAGAACUCCAAGAGCAAAGAAGAAGAUUUGAGAAGUUUAUUAAAGAGGGCUUCCUGAAUUUAUCCAAGGCUCGAUUUUCCAUGGGAAACAGGGCUGUAAGUUCUCUUCAAUAUGAUUCCACAUCAAUGUGUGCUCUUGCACAUGUUGUUACCAGAGACGAGGGUGACUGUCAUUCAUUUGAGGUUUGUAGAACCAAAGCAAUGAAGAGGUCGGAGAGGAAGUCACUGGAAGGAAAUGACUCAGGAGUAAACCAGUCUAAUGAGGAUAAUACAGCUAUCAGAAGAAGAAGACCCUUAUCAUCUAGUCCCUCAGAUGGAGUGGAAACUCUUACAGCUGGAAUGGAUCAAUUGUCAACAUCGGUUGAAGAGCCACCUACUGGGUCCACCACCACCACCAUGCAGAGAACACCUACUGAUCCCCUUCUUUGGUUUGGUGUCCUAGUUCCUCAACCUCUUAGACAUGGACAGCAGAACUUUGUAGAGGCUGUGGAAGCCUGUGCUGUCAUGGCCUCACUCCAGACCAAACUAGAAAUUGCCUACACUCAGUACCGAAACAAACUCAAACUGAAAUACGAAAUCAUCAAGAAGAUGAAGAGCGAUGGCAGCAACCUCAACAAUGGUGCAAUAUCAGCAGAGUUACAAGAGAAUGGUCAUUGAUAUAGGCUAAGGAAAAGGGCCCUGUUUCAUGAAAAAUGUUAUCAAUGAAAAAAAGUGAUAGAAGCUCAUGAUGUUUCUGCUCUCAGCUAAUUAUAUUGCAUGAUUUCAGGAGCUUAUAACAGUCACUUCUGACUUGCCAGUGAUAUUUUAUUUGGUGAAACAGGGCCCAGAAGAUAUUUGGAUUUAUUUUUAUAUGAACAUAUUGUAUGGCUAUAUUUGUAUUAUCCUGUUUGUUGAAAUAGACUUCAGAGUUUUUCUGGACAAUUUUUAGAGAACCCAUCUUCAUAAUGGCAUGUAUGUAAAAGUGCAUUUGUAAUUUCAGUGAUAUUUUAUUAAAGUAAUUCUAUCUUUGUAGCAUUUACAGAAAAGGGUGAAUUCAUCAGUAAUGACUCAUAGUGGCGGCGCCAGGAUUUUUAAAAUAGGGGUGGAGGGGGGAAGAAAAAAAUUGGGGGAGAGGCAGAGGUGGACAAGAUUUUUUUUUUGCAUCUUUCUCAAAAUCAAGUGUGCGCCCCUUAAAAUAUGACACUUCAUAAAUGUGCUUAAUUAUAUAUAAUCAACAUUUUUGGGGAUGUCACAAAUUUUGUCUUAUCCAUUCUCGAAAGCAGUUUGUGAAUUUCAUAUUUAUGACGGGGUCGAGCAGUCAUAAUUUUUGUCUUUGCAUAACUUAAUAAUGCCUGUAUUAUGGCAGCUUAGCUAUAUUUCUUGCCUUCUUUUUCUUCGUUUUAUUCCUUUCAACCAUGAAUAUCCUCCUUACAUCCUUCAUUCUCACUCUCCCUGACAUGGCAGUGACAUUCUCUGCCACCCUCCACCUCGCAUUUUUCUUCAUCUGAUUGGCUAAAACCAUUAUGAAAUUGGCUUGAUGAUGAUAUCUUAUUUUGCGAUUACUUUAUUAAUAAGAGCGUCCUUGUUUGGUAAGCAGUUAUCGUUUCGCCUCUUCUUCAUUAUAACGAUGACUUUACUCAAUGAAGUCGUCUGCACAAUGCAAGCUAAAUUCAUGACAACUGAUUGUAACUUCUUUCAAAAUGACAACCAAAUAAAUUAAAUAAUCACUGAAACAUUCCAAAUGAGAAUGACUCAAAAUCCUCCUGUACUGAGACCUGAUCUCCUUAUUAGCCGUGUUUCUGGUCCUGGAACUGAAGAGGAUGGAACUCUUGUCUGUUUCUGCCUUUUCAACUUUGUGACCUCAAUCUGUCACUUCCAUUUCCCUGUUGCAAACCUUGGGCAUCAAAGACUUUUCCUUUGGUUGUUGUUCCCAGCCAUCUCAUUGGGAACUUUUGAUCUGCAGCACAUUUUCCAAUGUCCUUUCUAUCAACAACCAUUACAUCUGGAUCCAUUAGCGAGAUAUUUGCAUUGGUGGUGGUUCACAAUUACAACAGUUUGUGCUCUUGGAUUGGAAGGAUGGGAGAAUGCAUCUAAUAUGCUAGCAGUGCCAUUCUAUUCCAAAGACUGCAAGCAAUGCUUACCUGCAAGAAUAGGCUCAUAUUUCCUUCCCACAUUGAGCUGACUGUUUAUGCUAUAUUCUAGUUGGUCUAACAUAUCCUUCUAUAAUGCUUCUAUGUCUGUCAAAGAUAUGUAAAGUUCUACUAUUCUCUUGGCCAGAUCAUUUUCUUUGAACAGCCCAGCUGUGUCUUGUCUCGGCAUCUGCUCAUGAAUUCAUCUUUGCUCUCACCAGCUUUUUAAUGAUGUUCCAUGAACUCAAGUCUGUGAAUUCUGAAAUCCUUCAUGUCUAGUUGAUUUUCAAGUCUUUUCAAGUUUCUUCUGGCCACUGCCCAUAGAAUAGAUCUUAUGAAAACUAUCAUUAUCAAUAACUAUCUUUAUUGAUCUUUUGUUAAGGUUACUAAUUGUAUUAUCAUUAAGGCAUAGCUUCAUUUGUUGCAUAGACCAGUUGAGCUCUUCUGCUAUUCAUCUCAUGAUACCGGGUGGGGGUUUCAUAAAGCUGUUCAUAGAGUUACGAGCAACUUUACCAACGACUGAUGAUCCUUUCUUAGGCACUAAAUCAACAUCAAUGAAUAUUAUCAUUUACCACAAGAAAGGAUCACGAGUUGUCUAAAGUUGCUUUUAACCUAUACAAAUAAUUUUAUGAAAAAUCCCAUCUGGCCAUGAUCCAGAACUUCCAACCUUAAAAAAAGAAGAAAGUAUUCUUAAAGGGAAAAAGUAUUUAAUUUUUUGACAAAAAAGGAGUACUUUUAAAAAUUUAUCCUCACAGUUUUUUGUAUCAAAAUGGAUUGUUGAGAUUAAGGUUGAUAUUGGUCGGAGGUCUUGUUUUAUCAAAUUUCUGCAUUUACUUGGGUGCGCAGACAUCGGCACUGCACGGACUUAGGCACUCUUACUGUACUGUUAAGUUUAUUGUGACAUGGGUCAUAUACCCGACAUGCCACCUGCACUUUAAUUCAGGUUUUGACUUCAUAGAUCUAGGCCUAGAGUCUAGUACUAGAAAGCCUAAGUAAAUCUAAAAGUCAGUCUGUGGCAUUGGUUGUCAUAGAUCUGCCCGACAUGCCACUUUUUAGUCUAGCCUACUGUUCACUUUACAAUUGAAAAUAAUUUAGCCCAAUAACUGGGUAACAUAAUAUAAACAUACCUUUUGUAACUUGACCCAGUGUUCGAGCGAUGGCUGUUGUUUUGAUUCUCCUCAAGGCGAAAUUUGCUGCUAUGUACUAUCUGGAAACAUCUUCCUGAACAGGUUGCUAAGAUGAUCGGCAGCUGAAAAGGCGACGUUAUGUUCCACGAUGAAGUUUGCCAUUAAAGCUUCAGCCCUGAUAGAAGAGUAAUCUGUCUGCCGAAACAUUUGCGCGAUAUCCUUGCAUCCUCUGACACUCGCAGCCAUGCUGAUACAGCAAGUGCUGUAUAAUGUGAAUUGUAUUGCGCAUUGAUCGCAGCUGGCAUGCAACGUGACAUGCGGUAGCCAUGCGGGGUAUAGGGCCACAGCGAUGUAUUAUGGAUCGUGAAGGCCCCAAACCGUGCUAUGGAAAGCUGAUCGUGUAUAAUACGAUACUCCAUGAUCAGAAAUUUUCAAAAAAACGUAACAAAUCAUACAAAAAACAUAUUGGCAUAUUCAAGCAAAAAAGAGGAACAAAUUCUCUAAAAACGGAACGGUUGGCAUGUCUGAUACUCCCAUGAUUUUCAAAGCAAUAUACCAACAAAUAUUCAACCUUAAUUUUAUACUGCAUAAAAGGAAUUAACCAGUUUAGCCACAGAUAUAAAAAUGGCUAGUCAUGCAGAGAACUCUUAAUUUGGGUACAUUUCUGUACAAUCUCAAAUGAUUUGUUCUUUGGAUGAAGUAAGUAUGUAUUUCUCUUUAACGGUCUUCACAUACUUGACUGCAUUGUCUCAGAUGCUGACUGCUUGCUCAGCGACAUACAUUUGUGAGCUAAUGAGUCUUACAAAAAUGGAGUGGCAUUGUACUAUUUCCAGCAAUCCUCUCUCCUGGCUGGUGAAUCAGCAAACAAAUAGUACAGUGAUGACAAGAAGCUCUCCACUUCCCAAUCAGCUGCUUUAGCACCUGUUAAAAAAGCACCAUUCACGAUAUGGAGCCUACAUGAACCCAUGUUGAGCGCAUUUUGGGUUAGUUCAGCUUUGUAUUCCUGUUUAAAUUCUUCAAAUGUUUUCCACUGAGUUGAUGUUUGGAUCAUCCAUGGAGGUCUGUAGCAGUUUGGAUAAAGCAACUGUUUGGAUAAAGCAACUGUGGUUAGUAUUUUAUUCAAUUCUGAAGUGCUGUUCCUUGUCCAAUGAGGGAUGUCUGGGUAUGAACUUUUGUGCUGUACCCUCUGUACCUUCAGGCACAUUGUGUAUGCCUACAUUGUUAUUUUUGUUCCUAUUGACCAGAUCCCCUUUUUGCUAUUUAGGCCACCUAUGGCAUACUUUUCUGCCUUUGCUUCCACACUGCAUUUUCGAUCUUCAAAUUCAUGUUCCAAAUGUCCUGAUCCUUCCUAAAACUGAUUUUUAAGUUACACUCCAGAUACUGUUUCUACAUUAUCCAUUGUAUUACACAGUUUGUCUAAGUUUGCAGACAAAGCCUGAAAAAUAUCCUUUAUUUGCUCUCACUUGGCUUUGGUAUCAUGCUACCGGGAACAGGGUUCGCAGCCAUUUAAACUUUUUAUAAAUCUAGGAGACAUUGACAGUACCAUCCAAAAUAUGAAGCCUGCUUUUUAGCAGUUCGCAUGUUUGUGAUGUCCAGCAUUUCAGCAUAUACCAGGAGUUCAUCAGUUUUAGCCUUGAAACUUGAAAAUUUGAGAAACUCCAUCAAAUACAGAGGAGUUGGCAGAUGUGUAAUACUAGUACAUAAAUGUGAACUAUUAUCCCAUGAAUAUAAGGAAUGUAACAUGUAUUUAUUUCUUUUGUUAGAAUAAUGACUUCUUUCUUUCUCUGAUGAUGCAAAAAGAAACAGUGUACUCCAUGUAUAUGUACAUUUGUAUUUCCUGAAAUUUUUAUCAAAAUUACACACUUGGCAUUUGUUUUAAACCAAUGAAUCCAUGCCUUUGGAUUGAAUGAUUAUAUAGAAAUAGAAUGUGUGCACUUCGUAAUAAAUGCACCAACAUCGUUCUUUGUCAUGAGGGGUUUUUGGGGUCACCAAACUUUUCCCUUGGACAUACAGGAAAGCAUGGGCUGGGAGGAAGAGUUGAAAAAUUAAAGAACUAAUCAAUUGGAAGAUAAAGUAAAAGCAUAGGGAAGAAUAAGGAUAAAUCAGUAGAACUGUCUGUGUGAUCCGAAGACAACUGUAGUGUUUGAUAAUCACUUUGAAAGAGAAAAUGUGAUAAGCAUAUUGUGUUGAUCACACUUUUGUCUUCAAAUCUCUCUUGAUUAAUGCAAAAGUGACGUCAAAAGUGCAACUCGCACGCAUGUAUUGAAUAUGAAACACACAAACCUUACGAUGUUUUAGAAACGGUUCAGAAUAUAGUGUCCACAUGUAGGUUUAUAAAGGGGUGCAACAAUGCAGUACAGAGGCAAUGGGCAGUUCACCACCUCAAUUAUGACAAAGUAACUUUAAGGGAUGCCACUUUUCAUGAAAAAAUCCUACUUUUGCCUCAUAUUUUUGCCCCCAAUUUUCCCUUUUCGCCGAGUGCCAUUCAUCUCUGUUGUUAAUACAGGGUGUACUAUUUUGUUAUAUAAUAAACUUUGGUUGUGUCCCGAGUCUGAGUAAGUUACUGAAGACACUCUGUACAUUGCUAUUGCAUUCAAUACAAUUGUAAUGUGGAAUAAACAGAUAUUGGGAGGAUUUCCGUGUUCAGAAAUGUUUUCCCAGAUGGGAUAUGCAAUAUUUUGUUUAAAUGAGAUGAGAACAAAAUAAUGUACUAUGUGUUAACAUGUAUACAUUCCAUUGUAGUGAAUAAAUCAUGUUAUAUAAUAUUUUCAAAGAAACAUUUAGUUUCAGUGCAUUUUGUUCAAUGUUUACUGAUUAUUAAUUUAUAAAUGCCUUUUUUAUUAUAUUAAUACCACGACAAUAUAGUACCAGGAUGAUUAACCUAAUGCAUCAAGGAGGGGUGUUGGCCUGAGAUAAUUUAAUGAUCAUGUGACACUUAAGUUUGCACAGACAAUGAGAAAAAAAUAUUUGUAAAAUUUGUAUGACCACAAAGAAAUUACUGUUUGAGUACUUCCACAACUAAGAAAUAUUCAUAUAAUUCCAUAUGAUGAAUAAUUGAUGUAUAUAUAAUUAUAUAAUUGAUGGAACCUUCAGUUCUGGAAUACUAUUUUGGCCAGUUUUUAUUUGGUGCUUAUUCACCCGUGUGUCUGCAUUCAGAUUGUAUAUAGCAGUUUUGCCUGACAUAGCAACCAUAGUCAAAUGAAACAUCAUAAAAUACGGUCGAGGUUUA